UUACCACGUGAUUUAGUACGUUCAUGGAAAACAAAACAAAACAAACGACAACUGAAAACAAAUGAGACUACCGUAACAUGUCAUUUGCACUUGAUCACGUUUUCUUAUUUUCAUGACAUGAGGAACAAAACAAGGGCGUUCGAGACGCUAGUAGAUCAAUUAAUAUCGAGUUAAACUGCGCGACGAACAAACAAGCCAAUUCCCGUUAGCAUCAUAGCUUAGCCUUGUCUCCGUCGUUAAUAUAUUUUUUUUCUGGGAGCCUCUUUGAUGUCAUCCUUUAUGUCUACCCUGUGAAGUAAGCACGCCUGUAAUUGGCUUCUUGAUUGUGGCCAGCGAGCUUCUAAAUAUUUGUGUUGACAAGUCCUGUCAGUACUGUAUUUUAUCUUGUCAGCACAGCAUGCCUCUUGCUGCUUAUCAAGAAUAACGUUGCUUGCUCCUUUGACCCAUGGGCUGUUGUCGAUUCUGUGUGCAUAACAUUACUUCCAAGACCGUCUUCGUCAGUAAAUUGUUUACUGAGGAUAUUGUCAUGUGAGACACGGCUUAAAGAUGGAGGCUGUGCGACCCAAGAAGACAAAGGCAAAAGUCGGUGGAAAGCUGGCCAGGAAGCAUAAAACGACAGAAGACAAGCCUGCCCCUUCAACCGUUUGUGUUGAUGCUUCCACCUCUGAAUUCACCAGUAUCCCCCUAUGCCUCCCACCUCAGGAACCACAACUGGAAAAGCAUGAGCCCACUGUUAUCGCUGAAACUAAAGGCCCGGCUUCAGAUCUGCCUGCAGAGGCACACGAGACCUCCUCGUCACAAACUCGAUUAACAUCAGCGUUAACUGAAACUUUACAACCCGCUCUAGAUUUGUCACAGACUUCACAAGCCACAGCACAACAGACUCAGCAGGAAGAAACAGAGGGCACGAGCUUUUUGGCAUCCAGGCUUCAGGGCAGAUCAGAAGUGUCAUGUGUUUCAACGCAUUUUGACAUCAAACAUGUCCCCAGCGCUCCUUCACUAUACCCAUCGGUCCCGGCAUUGGAGGAGGGAUCCUUGUUUGAGCUUCACAGAGAAGCUGUGAAGAAUUUAGGGAAAGGACCUGCAGUUUUAGCCAUUGCUGAGCAGGAAUCUUCUCCUCCAAGUUUGCAGUCUCUGGAGUCUGUAGCUGAACUUUCCAAGAACAAACUGUAUCCUGAAUUACCAAGAACCACAACAGAGGUUCAGCCAUUCUCAUUGGAGCAGCUGAAUGUUUGGGAGCCUGGAGGAGGGUUACGAGCUUGGCUAGAAGGCGUUGAAGUAUGCACAACCCAGUUCUGUGCGCUGGCUCGACAGGAGAGCCACGAAUUAACCGAACUUCUGCAGAACUACUGGCGCUGUCGCAGACAGCUCACCCAAUCUCAUACGCAAUUGCACACGCAGUCGUCCGACUGUAAAAGCACUCAAAAUCGUCUGUGGAGCUUCAGAGAUGAACAGCUAACACUCCAGGGCGUGUGUGCAGAUCAAUCCAAAGUGUGUGGAUACCAUCGCUUCCAGCAGGCAGAGUUCAGUCAGAGUGUGCUGGCUGAGCUGAGCAAACUUUUCGAAAUUCGCAGUGAACUGCUCCAUCAGAAGGUGGCCUUGCAUGCAUAUACUGCUUCUCUGUCGCGUCUCCAGGUGGAAUCAUACUUGUACCGUCUCUUAAAAGAUUACUCAGCAGGCCAAAGAAAGCCUUGUUCCAUUCAGCCAUUGAAAGACGCCAUCAGUGUCCUCUUUAGUUUCACAAGAAGAGUCCUCGAUGACACGCAGUUCCAGGCAGAUAUCCAUCACUGGUUGGAAACACUGGUGGCAGUGCUGCUGCAUGUCGGAGGAUCAGGAGAGCACCUGUUCGUGCUGUGUCACCUGCUGUGCUGUCCUGCUGGGGUGGGCAAGUGGGCUGCCCCUUUUCUUCAGAUUGAAGUAUUAGGGAACACCUGUGGAGUGCAGGACUUCAUGCAAGCUUUGGCAAUUCUAAUGUCGCCUGCUCGACACCGUGCAGAAUUUUUGGGUCAUAUGAAACCAUGUGAGAGUCUUAAUUCGGCUUCAUCCGGACCUGAGUCAGGCAACUGGACUCUGGUUGAUGAAGGAGGAGAAGAGGAUGAGGAUCCAGAGAGCAAUUGGUUCCUGCUGUGUGAAGACGACCUUGUCUCCUUAAUGUCCCAGUUUCCGUUCCAGCAGCUCUUUUCACACAUGCUGGGGAUCAGCAAGGACGGUACCUAUGAACCUCAAGGGUACUCCAGUCAGAAGAUGAUGCGCGUGUUUGCUUUUGCUUCCUCUCUGAUUGAGAUUCUCGCCCUCGGCUUACAAACCUAUAACAGGGCCCGAUACAGACAGCUCGUGAAACGAAUAGGACACAUCAUACGGAUGACACUGUGUUAUGUCAGUGAUCACUGGGCACAAUAUGUCAGUGUGACCGGUAUCAGUGGAUCCAGCUCUCAUGUCCACUCUCUGCCUCUGGAAAAGCUGCAGGUGGAAUAUGAUCAUCUUUUUCUCAGGGCUGUACUACAUGUUCUCAGAAACAAGAGGUUGGGAAUUUGGUUGUUCAUGUCUGAGAUGCCAUACGGGACUCUGUCCAGCCCCAUGCUUUGGAGGAUCCUUUAUGCGAUGCAGUGUGCCGAAACCGCAGGACCGGAAACUUUUAGUAAUUCGAGUGACACACUUUCCUGCAUUCAGGCUCUAAGAGAACCAGAACACCAAGACAGAUUUGAGCUGUGGUUGUGUGAGGUGAACAGCUCUGACGGUAUCUCCCUCCUCACUGCGCUCGCCCACAUGGCCACUUCGUCUCAGUACUCUGAUCCUGCCUUUGUCACCACCAUCGGUCUGCUGAUUUACCAGGUGUCUUAUGUAAGCAUGUCCACCAGAGAAAUUUACUCAAAGGUUGGAAGAGAGUUGUUGGCUACGAUAGCAUCAGCCCAUCCCUACAUUAUCUCCGUGCUUCUGGAGAGGCUGAGAGAAACCAUCCAAGCUGUUGGCAUGGUGGCACUGUACUUGUGUAAAGAGCUUCCUCUGAGCCUGUGGCAUCCACAACCAGAGGAGGUAUGUGUGAUCGGAGCGUGGUUGCUCCAGCAUCCUCUAUCGGCUGUGGAGAAUCGACUGGCCUGUGUUAUACUGGAGGGUCUGAACUGGGGAUACUCACAGGAUGGAUCCUUGGCCUUGUCGUCAUCACUCCACAGUAAAGUGGCUCUGCUGGUGGCCGAGGCCUAUCAAAAGUACCUGACUGACAAACCUUACAGUGGCCUCAUAUCAGAAGGCAUUAAACAGGUGUCUUAUCUUGCAAGUGUCCUUCGCUUAGGCGUGUCCCCUGAAGCGUCUUUCAGUCAAUGGGCGUGGCAGCUCUUACUAAGGCUAAAGCUUCAUGCCAAUGUACAGAACCCAAAAGGGGCCUGGUCAGUGCCUGCUUUAGUGUCCGUUCCACCUGCAGAACUUACACAUUCUCCCAGCAUGCACUCUGUUCUCCGGGCUGUAAAAGCAGGCAUCCCUAUAGGAGCAUACCUGUCGAUUGCCAUGACAACAGUGGGACAUAGCCUGGAGCACUUUUGUACUGAUGGAGUCAGCCUGUUAAAGAGUCUGAUUCAGUCUCACCACCUGCGAGCUGCUGUGCAUCUUCUAGACGCCAUCCUUCCUCAAAUCUACCCGCUGAGUUUCUACCUUCUCAACAACUCUCAGUUUGUAAGUUGCAUUCAGUUGUUCUUGCAGUACGACAGCGUAUGUCCUCAGGGUGUGACGCAGCAAGUGACGCACCGGGUAGCACCGCUCCUCACCCGAACAACCUAUGGAGACAAUGUCCGACUGCUGAACAGUGUUAUUCAGAGCCAUGUGGUUGAGAGUUCACAGCCCAGUCAUGUUGGUGCUGCAGCCGUGCUGGAGUUUUGGGUGGGGAUUUUGACUCAGCAGAAUUUAUGGUACCGGGACAAAACAGUGUUGUUCCUCAUGGAUCAGCUCUGCUGUGCUGCAUUCAUACAUCAGCAGGAGGAAUGUCUGCUGAAGCUUCUGCACCAACAACAUAAGAAUGCUUUGGGUUACCAUGGAGAUCGAGGUCUGCUCUCCUCCCUGGUAGGCUGGAUUGCUGGAAAUGCCACACCUUCUUUCAUAGAGGGCCAAUCACUGAGUGCGGAGGUUUGGUUUGCCUGGCUGGUGCUUAACAUGGAGGGCACAUUUGAGGAAGACUCUCAGCUCAGACGAUGUGUUGAAAAUGAGCUCCUCUUAGAGCCUAAUGUUUCUCCGGAGCAAGCUUUGAAGAGGGCCCAGCAGAGGUUGAAGUUGCCAGUCACGCCAUCUUUGCAGCGGCUCCAAAUUUACCGUUGGGCCUGGCAGGCAUUAGCCACGCCCCCUGACCAUCCCCUUGUACCUCUGGUUUGGCAGAAGUUCCUCCAGCUCUACCUCAGACAACCCGGUCCCGAUUAUGGACUGGCUGCAGGUGGAUGCAUUGGGCGACGAUUCUUCCAGGCUUCCACUCAAGCCACUUUGCUGCGAGACUUGAGGCAGAGAAUACAAACCGUAUCUGACUUCCACCACGCUGCUAGCCAGGCUCUGAAGGUGCCCCCAGCACUCAUCGCCUCAGGAGACCACCAGGGCCACCAACGUCGCUCCUACUUCACCUCACCUCAGCUACACACGGAGUUAGUCAGGUUGUUUAGCGUUUUUGCCGUGUGGUUGGAUGAUGAAUCUCUGCAAAAGCAAGAAGUUUACCUUCCCUCUCUUCCUCCCGAAUAUGAGCCACACAGACUUGCGCAGGUUAUGCAGCAGCAACAGGAACUAUGGCUGGAGUAUGUGGACCAAGAGCGUCUGCAGUGUGACAAGAAGGAGGUACUGUCUCUGUGGGAGAAGGUGCAGAGUGAGCCAUCUUUCCUUCAAACCCAAAACUGCAGCUUCACGGACUAUACAAGCCUCAGCAAUGCAAAGGAGCGUAUCCAGUCCAACUUGCAGAAGCAUCCAGUUCCACAUCCACCUCCUGAACAACACCACUUAAAGACUCCAGUGGCAGAAAUUCCCAGCGCAUGUCUCUCUGACUCCAAAGCCGCUGCUGAACUACUGCAACGCGAUCUUAGUAUACUGCAGGACCAAGCCAGGAUUGCAGUAUCACGAGAAGCCCAGCAGGUGGCGAUGGAACAGGAGCUUCUCGAGUCUCUCCCUCUGCUUUACAAGAACCGACCAGAGCAAGUGACCAUGACCCUGGAAUGUAAAGGGAGAGGAGGGCAGCCGUGCCAGGGUCCAGCUAAUAUCACCGUCACGUGUGAGUGCGUCCAGCGACAGGAAGCAACGCAGACUCAGAUAACGUCCCUGCGAAGGGACAUCAAGAACCUUCAAACUGAUGCCAUGGCUCCGCCUCCUCAAAGCCUGGCAGAUGCUGCUGUCCACACAGAGAACUUUAUCACAGCUCUGGUGAAUAUGUACAAAUCGCAAAAAUCCCCAUCAGUGCUGCAAGUUGGCGUGUCAGCCUUCUACCAGGUGGUCUCCUAUGUGUGUGAAGACACACUCCGUCAUCCGCCAACACGCCAGUAUCUCUCCUCGUGUGUGGAGAUACUGGGACAGGUGUUUAUCCAGGGGAACGCUGAAGAGUGUAGCCGUGUCCUGAAGACCAUCUUGGAGCAGAGACGUCUUUGCCCUCUCAUUUCUCCUUUUUUCACGCCUAAUGCAGCGCCUGCCAAGCUGGUCUUCCUCUACCAAGAUGUGGUGACAUCACUCCACUUUGAUAGUGCAGAUGUCAUUUUCAUGCUGCUCACCAAGUUUGAUUUGUCCACCUGGCUGAAUGAAGCGCAUCCCGUGUUUUCGGAGAGGACGCGUUUACUGGAAUUAGUCCAUGGAGGUCUUUGUGUCUGUGGCCGGGAUCCUGACCCAGAACUACUCACCCCUUUUCACCUUUUCACCAAACACUGGACCUCACUUUUAUGCCACCACUUCCCUGACCACUACAGUGACUGUCUGCGUCUGCUCAUGACCAGUUCCUCAAACCAGUUACUGAGUCCGGAUUGCUGGAAGGUGACUAUGCGAGUGCUCGGUUGCUCACCUCCAUCCCGCAGCAGCAAGAACAAAUGCGAACAAGGUUUUACGACUGAGAUCUCCGCACGCGCAUCUGCAUCCCAGGGGUCUCCCCACAGGUCAUCAAUCACCCUUUCUCCUCAGCAGGUGGAUGAGACAAUAGAUUGGCUGAGCGAUUACUUCCUACGCAGUCGUCUCAGCAAAGCUGAUCUUCGUAGUUUUGGCCUUUACUCUGCCUGGUCUCCUUACAUCAGUGAAGUGGUUUCUUUCUGGGACUAUUUGGUCAGCUGUCUAAGUACUGUGUCGCUUAGCAGCUGUGCCAGAGACUCUGUGGGCAGCAAUAGAAUAAUGAAAGCUCUUCAUGACCUGCACAGUAAGAUUGUGAAGUUAUUUAAGCCUUGGAUCUUUCCCCUGAACAUUGAAGACGGAAGCAAUCUCAAGUGCUACCCGUGGCUGGAGACGGAUGCGAGUGAGGCAGGGUGUCUGGUCGGCCUCUAUGCUCAACUUACCGACAGACUGCAUCAGAGAUUCAAAGACCGCCUACUCCCCGGCCAGAGAGGUGCCCUGUGGCUUUGUGUGAUGCAGUACUGUGAAAGCUGCACCUCUCCACGGACACCAGAGUACUUGUUGUACCUGCACCACUCUCACCUGCGCAACUUGCCAUGGAGAUAUUUGCAACCUGACACACUGCUUAUGGAGCAGCUCUUCAACGUGGAGAGAGGAAGUCCCAAGAGCUGCUUCCUGUUUAUGGGGGAGAUUUUAUGUGAAGUCAACUGGAUCAGCGUCCUAAGCAACCACUUACAGCCACCUCCAGAAACCCUAACAGGCCCACUUCAGUCCAAUGUUGACCUUCAAAAGAAGGAAUCGCACACCAUGCUGGUGUAUCUGUUGUACUUGCUGGUUUUUCUGGCAAAAGAGGAGCAGCUCCUCAGCCAAAAGGACUCCCCACUUCUCAAUCUGUUGAUCCAAUGCACAUCUCUGCCUUGGCACCAGCUGGAUCUGUCGUCCUACCAAGGGGUUUUGGGAUAUGUCAACACUCACUACACGCCCUCCCUUCUGCUUAGCAACGAUUCGGCAUCUCAGUUGUUGCUUAAGUCACUGCGUAGCGCUGCUGGACUUCACCCCCGCCCUUAUGAAGCUGCUCACAUUGAGGAGACACUGAAGGCGGACGCGUACGUGUGCUGGUCUGUGCGCUGUUUAGUGGCUUUGGAGCAAGCAGGCAGCAUUAGUGUGAGCAUCCUGGAGACACAGCUGGAGUCGCUGUUGGAAAGCAUUGUCACAUUCAGCCCACCAGAAACGGGUUUGGAGCAGAGGCACAUGGCGUUCUGCAGCCUUUUCAGCGGCGCACUGGCUGUGCUCAACGGAGUCGGCGUGUCUACGGGCGAGGCCCUCGCAGUUCGUGUCAUCACCUGGCUGGACAAGAAGGGGAGGGGCUUUCCAAUCCUCCCGCUGCUCACUGCUUGCUCCCGCUGUCUGGCCUCAGUGAGCCACAUGACGCGUAUCAUGGAGGCCUGCAUCACAGCCCACUUUAACCACGCUGAGGACGAAUGUGUUGGCUGGGGUCCCGUGUUGGCAUCGCUGCAAGUGCCCGAGCUCACAGUGGAAGACUUUCUGUCUGAGAGCCAAUCAGGAGGCAGCUUCCUCACACUCUACGCCUUCAUCCUGCAGCGCCUUAACUCUGAACACACGGCAGCCAAUGAGAGGAGGACUCUGGCUCUCAUCAACACCUGGACCAAUCAGGUUUUCCCCAGCGGACCAGGUAAUGAAGCUAAGCUGUUUCUGUGGUGGCACAAAGCUUUGAAUCUGUCACUGGAGCAGCUGCAGCCUCAAGCGGGCCUCGGUGAAUUAUCAGGGGUGGUCGCAGGUCUGUUGAGAUUCCAAAGCAGGCUGCUUCAGCUGGGAGAAGAAAGACUCAACUCUGGACUACUUGGGGCCAUCGGUCUCGGGAAGAAGUCCCCCGUUUCCAACAAAUUCAGGGUGGUCGUUCGCAGCCUGGCGGCAUUCCUCGCCAUGCAGGUAGCAACAGAAAGCGAACUCCGCCUGCAGCCCACCGCCGACUUGCAGCCCUCCGCAAAAGCACAGCAAACGCUGGGGAUGCUUGAAGCCAUGACCAGCAAUAAGCAGUACGCCGAAGUGGAAGACUCGUUGAAAAAAGCCCUCCAGUUCAUCCGCUACCCAGGUCACUGUCUUAAAGAUGGACCUCGACUCUUGGCCCUGCUAACAAACCUGCUCUACCCUGACCUCAGAUACUUGCACAUUAUGCAUUGAUAUUGACCUUGACCCAAAUGCUGCCCCCAUCACAAUGAUCUGGAAAUUUGGGACUACUGUGAAGUGGCCUUUAUCAAGAAACAUCUCAAAAGGAACCUCUGCCUGUUGAUGGAAGAAGCUCUCCUCGUUUAUUUGCGUCCCUUUGUUGCACUUUGUUCCUCCUCUUAUCAUCAAGACCUUUUCCAUUUGGAAAUGACUCAUCGAUUGAUCGUCCCGGAGUAUUAAUUGAAUCAGUAUCUCAACUCAAGACUGUGGUACAGACCGUUCUAAAAGAAAAUCUAACAAGAAAAGACAAGGAGAAGGCGUUGAAGGACAUAUGGAACAAAAAGCUUUUAAGAACAGUGUGGAGAACACCCACAAAGUAGAGCCUUUGUACUUUUCACAGCAAGACUGCUGCCGUUCCGAAUUAACUAGGAACCAGUAUUUCUUACAUUCAUGUCGAACCAAAAGUGCUUUCUAAGAAGGAAUAUUACGGGCCACACUAAAAAAAACAAAAAUAGCAUUGUAUUCCAAAAGUAAAGUAAUAUGUCUCCAUCAAUACACGUGGAGUAAUAAACUUAGAACUACCGGUAAUUGAGAUCAGGACUGGUGAGGAUAUUACACUUCAAUUACUCG